GUGCGAAUACAGGAAAUAACUACUGCAGCCAUAACUGUACUGACACAAGUACAAGUUUCGUUUGUUCCUGUCGACAAGGAUUUACUCUUCAGAGUAACGGAUACUCUUGUGUAGAAGAUGAUCUGAGUGGAUUUAUCGGGGAGCAGGGCCAGACCGGAUUGAAAGGCGAGAGAGGACUACAGGGAUCCAGAGGUCAGAAAGGCGUUGUGGGGGACAACGGGCCUUAUUGGUCCACAGGGUCAAACCGGUCUGCAAGGUGUGAACGGAGUACAAGGGGCAACAGGCCCAGUGGGUUCAAAGGGAAAUGCAGGCACCAAAGGAAUGAAAGGAGAGUUAGGAAAUCAAGGUCAGAACGGGGAGAAGGGGUCCGUUGGGCCCGCAGGAGUCACAGGUCCAGUUGGAAUUAUUGGGAUGACCGGGUCUACAGGGCUACCUGGGAUAAAUGGACUGAAUGGUGCCAUGGGUCCGAAGGGACAAAAGGGCGAUACAGGUGUGACGGGUCCAUCCGGAACUAACGGCAUGCCCGGUCUUCAAGGAUCUCCGGGACAGACGGGAGAGACGGGACAGAAAGGAAAUACGGGUUCCAAGGGAGAUUCCGGAAAAGAGGGCGUGACGGGUAAUACAGGUCCAAUGGGAGCUACUGGACUUCAGGGUCCGACAUUCCAAGAUGUAGACGAAUGCCAGACUAACAACAUUUGUGACCACAACUGUGUGAAUACUGUUGGGAGCUACUACUGCACGUGUAAUGCCGGCUACUCUAUAAGGGACAACACAACGUGUGUCGAGUCCCUGGAGUGCAGUGUUCAGAACGGAGGAUGUCAGCACGGGUGUGCUGAGAGGACCGGUGGUUACGUGUGUAGCUGUAACGGAGGCUACGACCUGGGGCCAGACAGACACUCAUGUAUAGAUCAAAACGAGUGCUCUAACUCGACACAGGGAGGGUGUUCCUCGAGUGAGGUGUGUAUCAAUACCCCCGGGGGUAGUAUUUGUGUACCUGUAGAUAACACCGCCGCCUGCACUGGAGCGGUGUCACAGAGGCAGAAUGAGUGUCAAUACAGCUCCGGACUGGUCAGUGGAAACACCAUAAUAGGUUUUAUCGUGUGGCUGGUCAUUCUGACCUUACUGGUACUCGGGAUCCUCGGCUGUGUGUUGUGUAUUAACAAUAACAAGAGGGGAUAUUCUAAUUCGGGUUACGAUAGGAGUCGACGAUCAUCGGAGAUCUGGGAGGACAAAUCCGGAACCAACCCGACACGGUUCAGCAGUAUCCGGACCAGACUACCGGAGACGAACUAUACUUACUACUGAAUGGAAUUAUAUACUGGGGUCAUGUCGGGUCAUCCAGAAGAAGUCAUAUACUAGGACAUUUCGGCUCGUGUUAUAAAAACACACCAGCCGAAGUCAUAUACUUGGGACAUUUCGGGUUGUGUUAUCAGAACACACCAGAAGGAGUUACAUACUGGGGACAUUUCGGGUCGUGUUAUCAAAACACAACAGAAUGAGUCAAAUACUGGGGACAUUUCGGGUUGUUUUAUAAAAACACACCAGACGAAGUUAUAAACUGGAGACAUUUCGGGCUGUGUUAUCAAAACACACUAGGAGUCAUAUACUUGGGUCAUGCGGGUCAUAAAAAACAGAAGACAACGGAAGAUACAAAAUAAGAAAAAAAAAAACCAUAAAGGAAAGUGUUACCGGAUCUUGAAGAAUUUACGAUUGAUAUCAAUGACACAUUAACGUAUAAUGUAUGUAAUAUUACAAAAAAAAAACAUCAACUAAAAUGUCGUGAGAACCGGUGAUAUAAGUUAUGCAUUAUGUGAUAUUUACUCAUAUCAUCAACUUUUAUGUUAAAUAUGAAUCGACUUCAA